UCUCUCUCUCUCUCUCUCUUUACACGUUGCGCCAAAUUACUCAAGGGGCUUGUUCGAGCUGUCGCCUCUCACGUUUCACCAUUUCCGGUUUUCCCGCGUCUUACGUGUAACAAUUUUAUCCAGUAGCUGAGCUUCCGCGGCUUUGCCUUCUCUGUAGAAGGGAGAAGAGGAGGACCGGAGGAGGCAAAGAAAGGAGAAAGAGAAGAUGGUGGCGAUCACACCAGUCAUUGCGGCGAGAGUGCUGUUCAGCGUGCUGGGAUUAUUCAUGUUGGCGACUCUCCUCUACACUAUCUUCACCGACGGCUCUCCUUUUCGGAAAGAAGUCCUGACUCCGUGGAUGGGAGCAACUUUGAUUGAUUUCUAUAUCAAUGUUGCAGCAAUUUGGGCCUGGGUGAUCUACAAGGAAUCUAAUUGCUUUGGUGCUCUUCUUUGGAUAGUUUUGUUGAUAUGUUUUGGCAGUUACAUCUUGUUUUGCAGCAUCUCCACAUGCCUCUACAUUGUUAUCGAGCUUUUUAAGCUCUCACCUGAAGAUCCACUGUACCUUGUCUUCUUAAACUCACGAAGCAGUGUUGUAGACAAUUAAUUUUUCACAUGUGCUGAAAAAUACCAGCAUGGGAGCUCCUGCAUUGGUCUUCUAUCCAGCUUUUGCAGCUCAAUAUAAAACUCGUAGGCAUGAAGAAGUUGGAGUGGCUGGAACUGAGAUGGCUGCCUACGCUUGACUUAUUGGGAAACAUGAGAGUUCCAUAAGAACUUGAGUCACUUUCAUACUCGGGGCACUUUGACAAUUAUGUUCGAUAAGAGCAUCUGUUGGUCUUUACAAUUGCGUCUUGAAUUCUCUAUGGGUGGCCUCCUAUACAAGAACAAUUGCUUUACUAAUGAGUGGCCCUAAUCCAUGAAUGUAAAUGGUUUGAAUAAGGACGAGCGCUAAUAGUCUUUUUAACUGGGGGAGAGGGGGACCAGUGAGCUUUGAAAAUGUGUGGAAAGAAUGCUGUUCUAAACCUUAAUGAUGUCCUUUCCAUGACCCCAGACGGUAUACCUAGCUUUGGUUCACAGCAAAGAAUUUCAACCCAUGGAGUUCGUAUCUUUAUAUACAUUUACAUAUGAAUGUACCUUAAUACUUUAAAAUUUUA